AUGAUCAUUAUAGAAAGCCAGAGAGAAAUAAGUCCAGAUCGUACUAACAUGAAAAGGCGAAGAGGAAAUAAAGAAGCCAUCUUGACUAGUGGCGACAAUGAUAUGAUUCAAAAGGACAAUUCACAUUCUCAUAUGUCCAAAAAUACAAAUGAACAACCUUUAAAUAUCUCAUCUUCAGUCAGAAAUAAUUCAUCUGAAGAUUUUUAUGGCCAACAAUCGUUGACAUCUAAUGACACUUCAUUUUCUUCAGACAGAAGCCCAAAUGAAGAUGCCGAUUUGAUUAGUGGCGAUAAUGGUAUACAAAAGGAUAAUUUACGUUUCCAUACGUCUAAAAAUACCAUAAGACAAAAUGAGCAAACUUUAAAUAUCUCGUCUUCAGUCAGAAAUAAUUUACCUAAAAGUUUUUAUGACCAACAAUCGAAUGACAUAUCUUCUUCAGACAGAAGCCCGUCACCCGAAAGUGCUCAUGAUCGGCGAUCACCAUUUCUAUUAAAUAGAAACCGUUCAAAGUCGACCAAUAUCGCAUCACCUACCUUAAUUAGAAAGAGUUCUUUUGAAGAGGAUUAUGAUCAGCAACCAUCAGCAUUAAACGCGAUUAAUACCUCAUCUUUAAUUGGCCUAUUUAAGAAUGAUCUGAAGUUUGCAUCAUUGAAUAUGAUGAAAGUGGGUGGUGGCCAGGAAUUCAUUACUCAGGGAAAGGCGGCAGAUAAAUUUAAUGCACUUUCUGAAAAGGAUCUUGGCACUUUUCAAAUGCAUUUGAAGUGUCUUUUCUUUCGCACGAGAGUCGUCAAUAAACAAGUUAUCGACGCACUAUUAAAAUCUUUAUUCCCGAAUAUUCAAAAUAGUGCGUCGGAUCGUACAGCGCUACAAAAAUGGGCUUUUUCAUGCUUUCGUGAUUAUAAUUUUUCAUUAAGACGAGAACUUAGAAAACUUGUUCCAGAAUUUAUCAGGAAAAAUAAAUUAACCAAAACAAAUCAGCCAACGACACGACAAAUUACCGAAUAUAUCACUGAAGACAACUGGACAACUUUCUUGAAACGCCAUAUGGAUGUGACAGAUGUGCAAAAAACGUUUGAAGAACAGCGUGUAAAUGUUAACAUGUUUACCGAUUUUAUAAAAUCAGCCUUUGAUCUCUUUGUUCAAGAAGAACUUUUGGACAAAGAUGUUAUCAAUGAC